UUCUUCACCUUGUCAACUCAAAACAAUUCUUUCUCUCUCCGAUCAUUUCUUGUUGAUUGGUUCUUGAUUGGGAGAUUUUCUCCGCUUUGAAAAAUAUUAAUUCUAUAUUGGUCAGAACCCUUCUUUUCCGUUAGCUUAACAAUUCAAGCUAAUUCAAUUCUAAGAAACUGCCAUUUGGGGGUUUCUCUCUAAAUAUGCGGGAAACUCUUUUGAAUUUCUUCCAAAAGUCUUGAUUUUUAUUUGUGGGUUUAGUUGCCCUCUUCAAGCCUAAGUUUUUAUCAGGGCUUUCCGGUGGAAAAUGGGUUGUAUUCAGUCGAAAUGCUGCCGGAAUUACGCGGCAUCGUCUGACGGAGAAAACGAGGAGGGUCAGAAUGCUCAUGUUGUUGCAAGUUCGUUUCUUGAUGUUGUUGACGUUCCUUCUCAUGAUUUCAAGCUGUCUUACUCUGUGAUUAGCCAGCGUGGUUAUUAUCCUGAAACCCCUGAUAAGGAAAACCAAGAUAGUUUUUGUGUGAGGACUAAUAUUCAGGGUAAUCCCAAUGUGCACUUCUUUGGUGUGUUUGAUGGUCAUGGUUUGUGUGGCACGCAGUGCUCGAAUUUCGUUAGGGAUAGGCUCGUUGAGAUGUUGUCGAAUGAUGCUGCAUUGUUGGAUGAUCCGGUUAGGGCUUAUAGCAAUGCUUUUCUAGCGACUAAUGAGGCGCUUCACGAUAGUGAGUUUGAUGAUUCGAUGAGUGGCACUACAGCCAUUACUGCUCUUGUGAUUGGGGAUAAGUUGUAUGUGGCGAACGUGGGUGAUUCAAGGGCAGUUUUGGCUGUUAGGGAAGGGGAUCAGGUCGUUGCACAUGAUUUGUCGUAUGACCAGACACCGUUUAGGAAGGAUGAGUGCGAGAGGGUGAAGCUGUGCGGGGCUCGGGUUUUGAGCGUUGAUCAGGUGGAAGGGCUUAAGGAUCCUAGGAUUCAGUCGUGGGGGGAUGAGGAGACCGAUGGGAAUGAUCCUCCGAGGCUGUGGGUGCAGAAUGGGAUGUAUCCUGGGACUGCAUUCACACGGAGUGUUGGUGAUAACAUGGCGGAGAAGAUAGGUGUUAUUGCUGAUCCAGAGGUUGCUACACUGCAGCUUACAUCGUCUAGCCAUCCUUUCUUUGUCGUUGCGAGUGAUGGAGUUUUUGAAUUCCUAUCCAGCCAGACAAUUGUUGACAUGGUUGACAAAUAUACGGAUCCGAGAGAAGCUUGCUCUGCCAUUACCGGUGAAUCGUCCAAGCUGUGGUUAGAGCAUGAAAGUCGAACGGAUGAUAUAACAAUGAUCAUUGUACACAUUAAAGACUUGAAUACUGUAUAAAAUCACUGGCUUUCUUCAUUCUUAAUACCAGAUUUGCUUUGGUUAGUCGGGGAAAUGUUUUGGCUGAUUGUGAGAAAUGUAAAUUAUUCUUAUCCAAGUCCUAUAGCAUUGGUUCUACGUGUUAGUAAAUGCUAGAAAGUAAAUGUCCAAAUAGCAACUGCUGUCAUCUACCACUAAUCUAUUUGAGCCUUAUUGAUUUGGAAGCA